AUGUCAACGCAAAAGACUGUCAUUGUUGGUGCUGGUCCCGUCGGUGCUCUUGCUGCACUUUACGCUGCUGGCCGUGGCCAUGAGGUAGAGGUCUAUGAACUAAGAGGAGAUCUCAGGGACCCUUCUACUGUUCCACUCAACUUUACCAAAUCCAUCAACUUGGCUCUAUCAGAGCGAGGAAUCAACGGGCUCAGAAAUGCCAAUGUUCCCGGCCUGAUCGAAUCCGUGCUGGAAGAGACUAUCCCCAUGCAUGGCCGCAUGAUUCAUGGUGCAAAGCAAGGAGAGGUCUAUGAAGAAUCUCAAAACUACGAUAUCUAUGGACGGGUACUUUUUACUGGUCUUUCUGUAGCAGGCCUCAACAAGCGUCUUCUUGACGAGCUAGACAAGAUGCCAAAUGUCAAGCUGCUGUUCAACCACAAAUUGGUAGGUGCCGAUUACAAAAAGAACAAGGCCUGGUUCGAGAGGCGUGACGAGGGUGUGCGACAAGACCACGCUCAGAACCCCACCCAAGGAAAAGACACGCCUCAUGCUUCUACCGAGAUUGAAGUGACAUUUGAUUUCAUGAUUGGCGCAGACGGUGCUCAUUCAUCUGUCCGCUACCAUCUGAUGAAGUUUACGCGCAUGUCAUAUCAGCAGGAGUACAUCGAGACGCUAUGGUGUGAAUUCCACAUGGAACCCUCAGCAACGAACGACUACCAAAUCUCACCCAACCACCUGCACAUCUGGCCCGGCGGCGAAUUCAUGUUCAUCGCCAUCCCGUCCUUGGACAAGACUUUUACAUCAACACUUUUCCUACCCGCCAAGAUCUUCGCUGAACUGGACAAGGAUUCUUCUUCCUUGGUAGACUUCUUCAACAAGAACUUCCCAGGAGUGGCAGGCAAACUCAUCCCCGAGGCCGAGUUGCAGAAGCAAUACAAGGAAAACCCGCAUCUGCCACUGAUCAGCAUCAAGUGCUCACCAUACCAUUAUGGCUCUUCUGCAGUCAUUCUGGGAGACGCAGCACACGCCAUGGUCCCUUUCUACGGCCAAGGCAUGAACGCCGGACUCGAAGACGUCCGCGUGCUCUUCGAACACCUAGACGCAAAAGGCAACGAUGCAUCCGGUCGUGCCUCGGCACUCGACGAGUACUCGUGUAACCGCGCACCCGACGCAGCAGCCAUCAACGACCUCGCCCUCCGCAACUACCAGGAGAUGCGUGCGGAUGUAGUGUCACCCGUCUACCGCCUGCGCAAGUGGAUUGAAGAAAAGAUGAACGUAUAUCUGCCCUCCGCAGGUUUCGCAACCCAGUACUCGCGUGUCAGUUUCGGCAAUGUUCGCUACUCGGAGGUGGAAAAGCUGGCGCAGAAGCAAGGCAACAUUUUGUUGGGUGGCAUGGCAGGUAUUGUGGCAUUGCUCAUUCCUGCAAUGGGAUAUGCUAGCUGGGCCCUCUGGAGAUGGAAUCGUGCAUCCCAUGCUUCCAGAGUCUCUGUCAAGGGCAUUGCAAGUUUGGGAGAUAUUACCGAGAGGAUUGGAAGAAUCUUCACCUAG